CAGUGAUCAGUGCAGGCUGAUGCCCGGAGCUGUGUGCGGCUGUCAGAGAGAAGAUGCGUCUGUCUCAGGCAGGGGGUGUUGGGCAGAGGGAGAGGAGAGCCCCCGGUCUCCUUUGUGCAUACGGAGUAAUAGAGCUUUCUGCGUCUGAGGAGGGGCUUAUCCUGGCGGGGUAACAGGGCCAGACACAGGGGAAUGCCCCAAUGCUGGCGCAGGCUGCACUGUCUCCUGAUUCCUGAGCGCACACCUGCACUGGGGACACACCUGUCCGGGCUCCGGGCGCACACCUGCACUGGGGACACACCUGUCCGGGCUCCGGGUGGGCAGCAUGAUGCAGAGGAGGCGGCGUGUGGGCGCAGCUGGCAGGGGCGGCGGGUGUGCGGGCUGGGGGCCCUGCUGCUGCUGCCAUUGUGCACAUGAAUAUGUAUGCAGGGGGAGAGAGGCUGCAGCAGGGACUUCCCAUGUUCCUGCCAUGUGCUGAGAGCCACCCGAGCGCAUCAUCCUCGCCAGGAGCAGCAGCCAGGAGCCAGCCAUGGCAGUGCCCUCAACGGUACCAACACCAGCCUCCCUGCCCGUGCCCCCGCCUGAUCCAAAGCCGAAUGGGCACCACCCCCACCCCACACCCACCUCCACCCCUAGGAUGUCUGUAUGUUCCCGGACUACUGUGGUCUCCACCAUGGACAAUACUUCCCGAGGCCUGCAUUCUGUGAUGAAGUGGAAGACUGUUCUGGCGAUCUUCGUAGUGGUGGUGGUUUAUCUGGUCAGCGGUGGACUCGUCUUCCGAGCACUUGAGCAGCCAUUUGAGAGCAGCCAGAAAAGCACGAUAGCCCAGGAGAAGGCGGAUUUUCUGCAGAUACAUUCCUGUGUCACUCAGCAGGAGCUGGAUGCUCUGAUUAAGAAAGCCAUCGAUGCUGACAACGCGGGUGUAAACCCCAUCGGGAACUAUUCCAACAACAACAGCAGCCACUGGGACCUAGGCAGCGCCUUCUUCUUUGCUGGGACGGUGAUCACCACAAUAGGUUACGGUAACAUUGCACCGAGCACGGAAGGGGGGAAGAUAUUCUGCAUCCUGUACGCUAUAUUCGGCAUCCCUCUGUUUGGCUUCCUAUUGGCUGGAAUCGGAGACCAACUCGGCACAAUCUUUGGGAAAAGCAUCGCAAGGGUGGAGAAAGUCUUCAGGAAGAAGCAGGUGAGCCAGACCAAGAUCCGAGUAAUUUCCACCAUCCUCUUCAUCGUGGCCGGUUGCCUGGUGUUUGUGACCAUCCCAGCGGUCAUCUUCAAACAGAUCGAAGGAUGGUCGGAGCUGGAAUCCAUCUACUUUGUGGUGGUCACGCUCACUACUGUCGGCUUCGGGGACUACGUAGCAGGGGGCAAUACCAAAAUCAUGUACCGGGAGUGGUACAAGCCGCUUGUGUGGUUCUGGAUUCUGGUUGGCCUAGCGUACUUCGCUGCUGUGCUGAGUAUGAUUGGAGACUGGCUCCGGGUUAUAUCAAAGAGAACAAAAGAAGAGGUGGGAGAAAUCAAGGCUCACGCUGCAGAGUGGAAAGCGAAUGUGACCGCCGAAUUUAGGGAGACGCGUAGGAGACUGAGCGUAGAGAUCCACGACAAACUCCAACGAGCAGCCACGAUUAGGAGCAUGGAGCGGAGGAGACUUGGGCUUGACCAGAGAGCUCACUCUCUUGAUGUGCUCUCCCCGGAGAAGCGCUCAGUCUUCUCGGAGCUGGAGAACGGGCGAUUUAAGGCUUCAUCCCAGGAGAGCAUAAACAACAAGCCCAACAAUCUAAGACUGAAGGGGGCAGAACAGUUCAACGGUUUGCACGCACAAGGCCUCUCAGAAGACAACAUCAUCAACAAGCUUGGCUCCAACUCCUUGAGGCUAACCAAGAGGAAAAACAAGGACUUGAAAAAGAACCUUCCGGAGGACGUACGGAAAAUCUAUGAGAACUUUAGAAAAUACUCAGUGGACGAAGAAAAGAAGGAGGACGGGGCUGAGAGGCUGUCCACCUCCGAUACGGCGACACUAUCCGACUUUAUCCAGCACUCAAUCUUAGAGAAUGGCUCAUUGCCCUGUGAAACCAAAGAUGAGGAGCAUGAAAACAAAGUGUUACUUGAAGAGCAAAAAUAACAGGGCAAAGUUGAGGAUGAUUGCGCCGUCAUGGCACAUCAACUCUGCGGGCCGUAACGCGGGACGGAGCAAAGACAUUUCUUUUCCAUUCUGGAGCCCAAAGUUGGUCUGUACUUUUGACUCCGCAGUAACCCUUGACCCCUUCUGUGUUGGAGGAGGACGAGGAUGCAGCGUGUGUUGGCCUGCCACCCUCCGGCAUGGAAGGGGUUAAAUCCUUGUCCAGUGUGAAACCGGAAAAAACAACAACCGCUGUUGUUGCUCGGUUACUUGCAAGGAGUUCUUGAGACAUGUGCCUUAUGCAGACUUUUUCAACGAAGUGGAGCUCUGUAAUCUGCAUUGGUGGAAACUUUUACUGUGCCAUAAAUGACUGCCAAAAAACAAACCAACCCCCACAAGCAACUCCGACAAAAAGAUGGCCGCAGCUGUACUGACCACAAACUCAAAACCACCUUUAGCCGAAGAAGAUAACCGUGGCCGAUAGUAUAAUCAUGGAAAUACUCAAACGGCAACGCGUUUUGCUCCGUGAUUCCGUCACGAAUUGAAAAAUUGACCUGCAUAUGCAUUUUGCUGCACAUCGGUAGAAUAAGGAUACAUACAUGAUAUUUUUCAUCUGUCCAACCUCCAUAUUGUGCCGGAGCUCCCCGGACCGGCACUACAUCAGCACACUCUACAACAGCCGCACAAUCAGCCUGUGGCAGUAACCAUUGCCGGUGGGCGCUCCACAGACUCUGACGGUGCACUCCACGCCCCCAGCGGUGUGGAAAGAUGUCAGUUUUAAAAUCUAAUUGAAAAGUUAACGACGUGCGUUUGUUUUUUGUUUUUUUUUUGUUUUUGUUUUUUUUGUAUACAUCUUGCAGACACUUUAUACUUGCUGAAGAAAUUUCAGCUCUCAAUGCUGUACAACAGGAAAUCAGCCGGGCGUCUUGCAUGUCGUCUGAAGUCGCCCCGUGCUAUAAGACUGGAAUAGACCCAAAACAUAGGGAUGAUGGGGAUUUUCAUGUACAACUCUCAGGGCUUUGUGUCCCUUCUUUAAAGCUAAGGAUUUGAUGGGCACUGUGUUUAAUCACCCCAAAAACAACACUAUCCAGUUGAAAAUAAAUGUCAAGUUUAGAGGUGGUAUGGUUUGCCGGGAAUGAGAGCUCACCGCUUUUGUGCCAUUUUGUUUUUGUAACUUUUUUUAAAAGUAUUUUAAAAUGUUUCAUUUUGUUUGUUUUUUUUGUUUUUUUUCUGCAUUGUCCGCAAUUUUUUUUUCUUUCUUUUAAAUCAGCGUUUCUCAACAAUUUUUCUAUUACAUACCUCCCACCCUACCAAAAAAAGUUUCAAUUCUGCAUAUCCAGAGGAAUUUUUAUAUUUACACAUUUCUGUACUAUACAUGUUGUUUUUUUGUAUUUAUAAUAAAUAGGGAUUAAAGUUUUUUCAUUGCUUCUUUCAGAUACGUACUGGGGAUAUGUACACCCCAGGUUGAGAAACUCUGCUUUAAAUCACCUCAUAGACCCAGCGGUGGCUGUGAUAUACUGAUAAAUCAUUGAAUCAGUGGCGUUCAGGCUGCGUCCUACUGUGUUCUCCGCAUCUGCUGUCCAAUGGGAAAGUGAUUCGUAUAUAACGGUUUAUGUAACUGUAAAAGUUGUCAAUGAAGUUUCAUAUGUUUGAAAUGUAUGGUAUAAUGGUAUAUCAUAUCUGCUCAUGACCUGCAGGGGGUGCUGUGUCCUUUGAUUUAUUUUAAGGGCUUGUCUAUUGCCUGUAUGUCUCCAGUGCACACAGCGCCACCUGCAGUUGUAAACAUGCAGCGCACCAUAUCAGCCUUAGCAAAAUGUUUUCAAUGUCACCAAUAACUUUUUACAUGCUGUUUCUCCCAGCACAAUACCUACAUGCUAGAUGUAAAUAUGCAUUUAAGGCUUUUGCGAACCAUUCCGGUUAUUGUUAAGGAAUGGUGUUUCUUGGGUUCUACUGGACUUGUAGAACAGCAAUAUUAAUCAGAGCUCUAAUGCUGUACAGAAGAGAACUCUGUUUAGAAAGAGAUCUCAGUUUAGGGGGGAUCCUUGAACGGUGCGCCCGAUUUAGGAAAUGCAAAAUGGUCAGGGUGGAGGGCACAAUUCCACUGUGUGGCACUGUUUGCCUUAAUUUGCACAAGGGCACUUAGAUUUCCGUCAGUGCAUGGGUGGGUGGCGCAGUAGAGCAGCAGUUUUAUUGGCCAGUGGGAGGAGUUUGGUUUCCUUGCAAACUCUGGAGUAACCUGGUUCAGUGAAGCCGGGCAAAAUGACAUUAUUAGGGAGAAGCUGUACUGCGCUUUGCCCUUUGAGUGCACAAAUUAAGACCACCCCAAACUUUCAUGAUUCAUUUAAGAUAAGGCUAAACUUAGCCGUAUUCUAUCACAACAACGAGGAAGUUUAAUUUACUGAAAUGGGUGGGGUUUUUUUUGCUGUCGGAGGGUCGUGUCUAAUGUGCUCUUGCAGAUUUUACCACCUCCUUGCACACCUACCAUAGGUGCCCCUCUAGUCUGUCUGAGCGUUCCCGAGAGCGGGAUGUGCAUGCGCACCUUCCUGUGUACUGGGCGGGCCAUCUAAGCCCACCAGUGGAAAACCAGGGUGCAUCUACUUCUUCCAUAACCUUCAUUGUAUCAAUAAGUAACGCUGAAAUAUAUCCUUUGGAAAUGGUGCAUUUUGCAGGAUAAUCAGCAGUGCAGUCAGGUCCCUCCCUCCAAACCGUCCCAAGGGCGAGAAUUGUGUCCAAUUAUCUUUCAUGCAAAUUGUAUAACGCUCAUUGCAGCAGCCUCCUACCCUCUAGAGAAGAGGUUGCGCUCAGCCACACUUUGCUGUGCAGGAGUUAGUGUCUGUAAGUGGAGAGUCCAUCUCUGCAUUAAAUGAAUCAUCUCAUCAUAUAGUCUGACUCAGUGGCGUAUAAACGCAUUACUCACCAUUAGGAAUGCCGUCCACGUCCGUGGAUGUCAUCUUAUACAUUAUUAAGCUUCCAUUUCACUCUGAAAUUAAUUAUAUCCACAAGUGCUUCUUUAUGUGGUUCUGCUGAAUCGGAAAGAAACCAAAACCAAACAGUCAUGCAUUCAUAUAUACAUGUAUGACAGGACCCCGUAUCCUCAGCUGCCGUGUGUCUAUGCAUACAGGAAUUCUAGGUGCGUGUGCGACACCUAUGUAACCUGCACUGUGGCCGAGACAUGGGAGAUAAAUGUGAGUUACCAGAAGAGCAGCUUGGUUCCGCACAAGACCAAUAUUGGUUAAACCAGAGGUUCCCAAACGUGUUCCUCAAGGCACCCCAACGGUCCAGGUUUUAAAUGUAUCCAUGCUUGGCCACAGGUGACUUAAUUAGCACCUAAGUCAAUUUGAUUUAACCAUCUGUGCUGAGUCAUGGCUAUACCUGAAUCCUGGACUGUUAGGGUGCCUUGAGGACCGCGUUUGGGGAACCUCUGAAUUAAACUAUAUUCAGUUUGAGCCAAGAAUGUAUGAACAGUUAUUCCCGGGGGGACUGAUAAUAUCUUGUGUUGGUGGUGCGCCUGGCGUAGAAUACAGAUGUACACGUAUGGGGUGUGGUCUCAAGAGAAAAACCCGACUGUACACCUUUUUGGCGAAUAAAUGUUUAGUAAAUACAUACCUUUUAUUAUAUCAUAUUUCAAAAUAUAAUUGGUUGGAAAGUAUUCAGAGAAACGUGUUUUAAAUCCAAUACAGUUAUUAAAUCCAAUAGAAUUGGAUUUAAUCAUUGUUUAAAAAUGAACAUACACAUUUGUCUGUAAACUUUUCAACCGUGCAAUUAUAUUUUGAACUAUGAUAUAUUAAAGCUUAUGUAUUUAAUAAACAACAUUUACAAAGAGUGCGCCAAAGUACAGCGUCCGGUCUUUCCUCCUGAGACCGCAACCCCUACAGACAGAUGCAUCUGAGUAUCAGUCACCGUUCAGUCAGUCCUUCAGUGUGUGUCAUUUACAAUGUGGGUAAUCGUUGACGCCAAGGCCACUUAAUUAGUGAGGUAUAAUGAAAGUCGUGGCUCGGUGACCUCUGUGACAAGAUGAGGUUUAUGGGAACCCUAGUUCUGGGAAAUACUCUCAGAUAGUCCCAUGCACUGAAGCUGCUGUGCUGGGUAUUUGCUAGAGCAGUGGGCCUAAUUCAGACCUGAUUGCAGCAGCAAAUGUGUUACUUAAUGGGCAAAACCAUGUGCACUGCUGGUGGGGCAGAUGUAACAUGUGCAGAGAGAGUUAGAUUUGGGCGGGAUGUGUUCAAACUGAAAUAUAAAUUGCAGUGUAAAAAUAAAGCAGCCAGUAUUUACCCUGCAUAGAAGCAAUAUAACCACCCAAAUCUAACGCUCUCUGCACAUGUUACAUUAUACUUGUGGAUUGGAGCGCGCUUAAAGGCGCACUAGUUGUAUAUGUGGCUAGGCACUUUAUAGUUCUGUGGUAACUGAAGGCAUGUACGUUCUUUAGGCAGACACAGCUUGUUAUUACCCAGGGAGCUGAUACAUAAGUCCAGACUCUGGGGCAGAUGUAUUAAGCCUGGAGAAGUGAUAAAGCAGUGAUAAGUGCAAAGUGAUAACGCACCAGCCAAUCCGCUCUAAUAUGUAAAUUGACAGGAGCUGAUUGUUUGGUGAGUUAUCACUUUCCCAGGCUUAAUAGUACAGAGUAAUUGCAGUGAAUGGAAUUAUAUAUAUAUAUUAUACAUGACUGAACCUGCCAUUUAUCUUUUGCCUGCACAUCUAUCACUCAUCGCGGCCACAAUUACACCCUGUACGAGCCACCAACAGUCUAGUGGGAUGGGGAAAUGGCGCACUGUAUCACCCCUGGCUCAGUAUGCAAGAGCACCUUAGCUGAAGAAUUAUAUACACUAAUCAGGCUACAGAUUUGGCAACAAAUAGCAAAUUCCAGAUCUUUGUAAUUAGAGAUGUGUGGGGGUCUUGUCAUGGAAAUACAGCUUUUCUCAAUGUAGUGGGAUGGCAGAAUGGACAUUGAAAACCUACUAUGCAAAGCUUGCUUGUACUUCACGUCUACCUGUGUCUGGUGUGUAUCUCAGUCUGCGGCGACGCUGACAGCCCCUCUGCAGACCAUCUCUGUUUUCUGAGGUCUCUGGGGCACUAAGAACUGUCUGGACUGUCGCACUAACCCCACUGGAGCAGCGAGAAACGCGUUCCUUCCUCUCUACAUAAAGUCGCAGUUUUGUUUUUUAAAACGGAUCUCACCACAAGUCAGCGGCGACUGGUCUUCUACGGGAAACACCAAAUCCAGCUGCAAUUAUUUUUUUAUAGCAUUUCAUAAGAGACCUUGAAGUAAGUGUGACUUGUACCUACCGGUGCGUUUUACCCCCUUGCGGUGGGGUGCAGUUAAGGAAGACCCCUACCCGUCUAUGUGGAUGAGGCCACCGUUUUAACGAGAGACCUAAUGUCUCCUUCUGUCAGUGACUUGAUAACUUGUCUGUUGAUAUGUUUCCAGAUUCACGUGUAAAACAGGACGCAUUGUACGUUCCAGGACGCGGACACUAUAUGGGAGCGUUCUAUGGCUCGCUGUGUUGCACUAACUUGCUCUGUCUACAGCUAUGUAAAUGGACGCACCUUUUGCGGUGUGUUGUGGUGAAUGGUGUAUCAGAUGAUGAGUGGCGGAAUACAAUACAGUACAAUGUAACCAAA